GUGUGGCCGCGCGUAGUGAUUAAGUAACAUUCACUGUUGGAGCUUUUUUUUUCUUGCCUUUUUUGUAAGCUCCUGUGGAUCUCUGUGUGAGGGAUGUGUGAUCCUUUCUUGGUUGCGUGAAGUGUGUUCUCUGUGUGGCUGUGACAAUGGGUGUGAGGGAGGAGAUUAUCGUGGAGGAGAAUGAGGAGGCACCUGAGAAGGAAGAUGUGAAGAAAAUUCCUCCCGAUGGGGGAUGGGGCUUUGUGGUUAUCCUCGCCUACGGACUAGCCAAUGGAAUCGUCAUCCCUGUCCUUCAGGCUUUUGGGCUGAUAUACAAUGAAACCUUCCAGCGGAUGGAAAUGACCGCCACGGACUCAGCCAUGAUCGUGAAUGUGGCCUCAGCUGUGGGAAUGGGGAUGGGGCUCUUCAAUGGGCCCCUGCUGAGAAUUUAUGGCUACAGGAAAGUGAGUGUGGCGUCUGGAGUAUUCUUCUCAGUUGGUCUCAUUCUCACCUCGUGGGCAUCAACUUUCACUCACUUCAUUAUUACCUACAGUAUUCUAACAGCCAUUGGCUUCGGGAUGGCCACAUCGGGCUUCUCACUUGCCCUCAACUCUUUCUUCGUGGUACGACGCAACAAAGCCGUGGGUAUUGCCAUUACAAUCACCGGCCUCGGUCCCAUCUUCUUCCCACAAUUUGUAACUUACCUCCUGACAAAUUAUGGCGUUCAGGGAAGUAUGCUCAUCAUUGGAGCCUUCUCCCUUCACAUUGUCAUGGCGGGAUUGCUUCUGCAGCCAAUUAAAUGGCACAUGAUUGAUGAAAAACCAUCUCCUGAUGCUCCCGUCAAAGAGAUUGAGUUGCAACCUGUUCCCAUCAUGAAACCAGAAGGGAAUCACUUUAGAUUCGAUUCAAAGAGAAGCAGCAUCUCUUCGUACCACACUGUGGAGGCAAAAUCAGACAGUUUGCCCCGGAAGGUGCCAGAGAGGAGGGAAGAAACGUGGGAAUUCUCAUCGGAUGAUGAGGAAAUGUAUUUGGAGUAUCCCUACCGAAGGAUUUCCAUUGAUCACAAUGCUGACAUUCAGAGUAUCUAUGGAUUUGAAGUUAUCCAUCCGAUGAAACUCAAUGUGGACCGUCAGUGUAGCUCAAAAAGCCCUGAUGUUCUUGAAGCCAAGAAAUGUGCACCAUUUACUGAUCUUGAGCGUGUUAGGUGUGACAUGGGAAGCCCACCACCAUCUCCUGGGCCCUUGAGUGCUGUACCGAAGAAGAGGUGGUUUGAAACAGGUUCAUUGGAUACGGUUAAUCUUGGGAGUUCCAUGAAGAUCUUCGAUGAGAAGUACCACGAGAGAGAUCCACGAAGGAGUCAUCCUGGAAGUCGACGUGGGAGUUGUGUGAAAAUAGUGGAAGAAGGGGAAAAGGCAGCGGAGGAAAAACCUCUCACCAAUGGGAAGAGCAGGUCUUCAAAGAAAGCCUACAACAGAGCAAUCAGCUCGGACAGCUACUACGCAAAUCUCCCCAUAAGGAAGUCAUUUAGAAAGAGAUGUCGCCGACAGUUGCUUCGUGUUGCAAAAUUCUUCGAUUUAGAUCUUCUGCAGGAUCCAAUCUACGUCAACAUGAUGCUGGGCAUGUCAAUUGCAAUCUUUGCUGAGCUGAACUUUUCCCUCUUCACGCCAUUCAUCCUUGCCGAUAUGAACUUUACUACGGAGGAGAUUGCAUCUGUGAUGUCCCUUCUUGCGAUCUCCGACAUUGUCUUCCGCUUCUUGGCGCCUUUUAUUGGUGACUACUUCCAUCAAUCAUCGCGGCUUAUGUACAUGUAUAGCCUUGUGAUGUUAAUCAUAGGACGAAUGUGCGUUCCCUUUGCCACCUCGUACUCAGUGAUGCUGGGCGUUGGCUUCUUCCUGGGGGUGGGGAAGGGCGUCCGUUCUGUCUAUAUGAGCCUCGUUAUUCCCAACUACGUCAGCAUUGAGAGGCUUGCAUCGGCUUCGGGCAUACAAAUGGUCACCAAUGGGUUUCUUCUGCUUAUACUUGGACCUCUUAUGGGAAUUAUUCGUGAUCUUUCCGGUAGCUAUGCGAUGUGCAUAAUCUUCAUUAACCUCGUAACAGCCACAACACUCGUCAUGUGGACAUUUGAGAUGAUCUACCUGAAAUAUCGUAGCGGAAGGAAGUAUCCACAGCAACAGGAAGAACAUCCAGAAGUAAGUCAGAAAAAGUAGAAGAUUCACUUUGAUGGGAAGAAUGUUUUCUUUUUGUGGCACACACACACAAUGGACUCCCCCGCGCAUUUCUUCCCAUCUCUACGCACAAGAAAAUUCUCGUUUCAUUGCAAAUUUCUCCGGCAAUGGUGCGAGAAAGUCUCGCGCGAAAAGUGACUCUAUGGAAAUCAAUGAAAGCCUUCCACAAUGCACGUUGUCUGUGUGUGCCGCAAAGUAAGUCAAGAAAAAUUGAUUUAUUUCCCAUCACAAUCGUGAUCGAGUUGUGAUUAUCUUCUUCGUAUUUUAGUUAUAUGUUAUGUACAUAAAUAAAUAGUGAAGACUGAGUGGGGGUGGGCGUAGAUGAGAGAGUGAUGCUGAUGAAGAAUAAAGAAUUGCCUUUUUAA